AUGCGUAACGUCAAUGUCGUGGAGCGGGCCGGUGUCGGUCGCUGUUUGGAAGCGUCUGGACCAAUCUCCACUGGAGAGAUCUUGCUCGUCGAGGAGCCGCUAUUUGUGUCUGUGUGGGGUGAAGAGCUGAAGCGCCUGGCAGAGGAGCUGUUCACAACACUUUCAACGCCGUCGGAGCUGCCCCUCGUCACUCAGCUCUUCAUCACGGUUUUGGGGGAGAUAGUGAGGGGAUCCAGAGCUGCUGUCCUCUCACGGCUGUCACAACUUCGGGGCCAUCCAGAGCAGUGGUGCCAGACCGUGGGCAAUCUCCAUGAAGCACUGAGGGAAGAAUUCGGCAGUAAGUUGGAUCUUUCUGAACUUCUGGACCUUUAUUCCAAGCUUGCUGCAAAUGCACAUGAAACAGACGACAAGCGUGCAGCAGUUUUUUCCAUGGGAAGCCUGGCUGAGCACAGCUGCAGGCCAUCUGCUUUCAAGUGUGUGCUUGCAAAGAGACAUACUCUGGUGAUCCGAGCACUGUCCGACCUGGCGAAGGGAGACGUUGUAUCACUGGCCUACAUUCCCGAGUACUUUCCCACGUGGCACCGCCAGGAGCUCCUCCAGCGGAGUUUCAAUUUUCACUGCGGCUGCGAAAGGUGCACGGAGGAGGAAGCAGAGGUGGUAUGUGCUUUCCUUUGCCCAGACUGCGAUUCCCCAUGCUGUCCUCCGCGGCCAUGCCGAUCUCCGGGCGAUUUUGACAUGCUGCUUUGCGAAGAGUGCGGGUUUCGAGUCGAAGAUGAGCAGCUCCAAGCUUUCCGAGAAGCAGAGCGUUGUGAGCGGCUGUGCAACGAUUGCACCCCCUACCUGCAUCCCUAUCAUUUCAGGAUCUUUCACAUGUACCUGGGCAACCUGCAGCUCGUUUCACCAGAACAGCGCCUUGACAUUCUGGAGCAGCUGGAAGAUGCCCAUGGCCGCCUUGGCAAUCGCGUCCAUCCCCUUCAUGCCAAGUUCGAGGAGCUGAAAGCCCGCUGCUGGCAUCUGCAGGACGACAGCUCUGCGACUGCCGCCGCCUACGAGCGUGCUGCCGAGCUUUAUGCCCUCACGCACGGCGCGGAGGCUGAAGAGUGCCGGCGCUGUGCCGCAGCGGCGGCUGCGAUUCAAGGAGAAACGGAGGUGCCCAGGCAACGAUCGGGGCGAGUGUGCGUGUCUCGCAUACGUCUUCCACACGAUCUACGGGCCGACCAGGGAGGCCCCUUCCUGCCUUUGUCUGGCAUUGUUCUCAGGUCUGUGGAGAGUAACGUCGUAGGCCAGGUUGCAGAGGUGCCGCUCUUCGAGAUGGCCGAGGCUAGCAGGCGGGACAUCCGCGCGGGUGCUGUUAGCAAGACGAUCCUCGAGCAGUCCUCCAUGGACUUGACGAAUCUUCGCAUUGGGAAGCAGCGCAUCGUUUCUAAGAAGAAGAAGAUGAGCAAGUUGAAGAAGACGAUUCUGGAAGAUCGCGAGUUCCGAGACGGAGAUCCCAAGGAAUCAGAGUCCGCACCCAGCCGGCUGAACGCCGAUGCUCCGGCCUUCAUGCCAGCCGAGUGGCUGAGGACAGGUACCGAAGAGGAUCGAGGAGCUCUGCACGAGACGGAGCUCGUUCCGGCAACGAGAGCUCCAUUGCCUGCAGGUCCUGUGGCUGCCUUGACCGUUGGUCCACCCGGUCCUGCUCCGAGCCCCGACUGUGAUCCGCCUGAAGAUCUUUCAGACGGGUCGGAAGAGAUUGAGCCCUUGUCCAUCAGUGAGACACUCGAGCGCUUGCGAACAGUGCAGGAAAAGAGCCAGAAGCCAAAGGAGGCGGUGGCGAAGCCUGCCAAUCUGGAGGUUCGACAUUACGUCCAUCAGGAGCUCAGCGAUGACCUUGACGAAAAGGUGAAGUUUGUUUUGUCGGAGCUGGUUCGAUUUCAAGAUCGAGCCAAGGAGCAAAACCCGAUGAAGUACGCGAAGCUAAAGCGCUAUUGCGUGGGGCUGCGGGAAGCCAGAAGAGCCAUCACAAGGAGCAAGUGCAAGGGUCUCAUUGUGGCGCCAAAUCUGGAAACCUCUAGUGCGGAAGGGGGCCUUGACGAUACUGUGGAGGAUGUGAUCGAACUGGCACGUGAACAUGAGGUGCCUGUAGUCUUUGCGCUGAGUCGCAACAGAAUUGGCAAAGCAAUGGGGAAGAACAUCCGCUUGAGCAUCGUGGCGCUUCACAGCGUUGAUGGUGUUCACCAACAGUUCAAGGAAAUUGUCAAAAUCGCCGAAGAGUUCCCCGCUCAGUGUAGGCUCCGGCGGCGCUGGGUCCUCCGACAAAUGGCUCACGCAACGAGCGAAUUCGCCGAGCAAGUCCAGAAACGUACAGAAGAGAAAGCUGCCCGUGACGCAGCCAGAAGGGAGGAGAAGGAACGCCUGGCUGAAGAGAAGGCGGCAGAAGAGCUGCGCAGGCGAGAAGCGUCCAAAGAGGCGAAGGCUGCGCGGGCGGAGGCAAAAGCGAGGAAAGUUGCGGAACAGAAAGAGCAAGCCGAGCGCCGUCGAGAGGAAAAGGAGGCUCUCGCGAAAGAGCGCGAGGAGGAAAAGAGAAAGGAGGAAGCCAAGUUGGAGGAGGAACGGGUGGCAGAGCGCAUCCUCGAGGAGGAAAGAAAGCGAAAGGAGGAGGAAGCUGCAGGGCGCCUGGCAGUGCCUGGCAGUGGGAGCCUUUUGCCGUUUGCCGCUGCCUCGCUGAAGGCCAAAGAAGCCGAGCGCCUGCGAAAAGUCGCUGAGCGACGGGCAGAGCAGGACUCUGCGAGCAACAGCCAGAAGCGACGCCUCAACACAAAAUCGAUCGAAGCUCUCGGAAGGCCGAAGCUUCAUUCGAACAGUGCCGGCGGUCGCGGAAGCAGCGAGCUGAACUCGCCUGCAGCGCUAAUGCCGGCCACGCCGAUCACCUGCCCGCGCGGAAGGAGUUGCGGCAGUACCGGAUCCAGACUGAGGACGGAGAGACAAUACUGCAUGUUUGGGAAGGGUGCCAGAUUUUUGCAGAUGGCUGUGGAGUUCGCAAGUGGCCAGCUGCCCAUGCCUCAGAAACGGAAGAGUCAGGCAAGGGACGAAGUGGAAGUCCAGGCCGAUGACCUGCUUUCCUACCUCAGCCACAUGGGAAGGCUUGUCACCAGACUCCAGGCAGAUCCGAGCAAUGCAAAGUUUGCCGCCUCAUCGCCCAGGGUUCGAAGUUACAAGAGCGACGAGCUGCAAGACUUGUGCACAUGGUUGAAGCAGAUCGGAACAAAGGGAGUUGACGAUCUCCGACUCGAUGUCAGCAUGAAAGAGGGUGGAGGUCUGGCCGCAUUUGCGACGAGGGACUUUGCGCCAGGAGAAGUUGUUUGCCUCGUUCCAGAGCAGGGCAUUCUCGUCGGUGAACAGCAGGAAGGUCUUCUGAAGGAGGCAUGCUUGGCGCGAGCACUUCUGCGCGAAAAGGAACUGGGAUCCGAGUCGUUCUUCACGCCCUACAUCAGGUGUCUGCCAACAGAAAGUGAGCUUCCAUCGAUCCAUCCCUACUUCUGGCCACCUGGGCUGGACAUCGAAGAAUUGAUGGCGGGAAGUGCCCACGGCCGGCGUGUGGCGAGAGAGAUCUUUCAAGAAGGAUGUGAAAAUGUCGAGAAGUUGGUUGCAGCCGGCAUUUCAGAGCAGGAUGCACGCUGGGCACUCGCCAUCGUAGAUUCCAGGGCUUUUACUUUUCAACCGGAUUCCGCUGAAGAGCAGCUUGCGUUGGUGCCGCUCGUGGAUAUCCUGAACACCACGACGCUCUUCAAGGAUGGUGUGCAACUUUGGCAGUGUUCCUUCGAACCGCAAGGCUCUGUCAGAGACGGGGCGUUGCUGCUGGCUGAGGGGCCAAUCAAAGCGGGCGAGGAGCUCCUGCAUCUCUACGGCCCCAACUCCUCUGCCACGCUCUGGUCCAUCUACGGCUUCCUCGAAGACAGAAAAGAGACGGAUAAUUUGUUUGAGAUCUGCGGGCUCGAAGUCGACGUGUCUGCCACUUUGGCAGAUGACCCGCCGAAGCUGAGAUCUGCCAAGCUGGAAGCCCUAAACCGCGCAAAUGUCUCUGCAACUGCGCUGCCCUUGGACGCGUGCGCUCCAGACUCUAUUGUGUGGCCUGUUCCAGACCUCGUGUCGUUGUCGGCUUCAUCCCUGAACUCCGAGGAGCGCCUGCUGUUUGAGCUGCCGGGUGAUGCUCAAACGGGUGGAAGGAUGAUGCCGCUUGCCAGACUGCUCGCAGGCGACAGUGUGGAGGACGUCCGCCGGUUCGCAGAUUCUUUGGAGCUCGCGACCCCGGUCCAGGCGGGGCUCGCCGGGGAGCUAUCGGCGCGGCGCCUGGUGGUUGCAUGGCUGCGCAAGGGCCUGCAGGACUCCUUCAACGCUUCAGCCGCACCGUUGCCGGAGUCCGAAACUCCUCAGAUGACGGAGCUGCGGAGGACGGCCAAGAGGCUGAUCGCCAACGAGCGGCCGGUCCUGGAGCUGGAGCUGCUCGCCUCGGAGAGGUUCUGUGCAGGUGCCGAGGCAGCGCUGGAAGCCGGUGGCGCCUCGCUGCAGAGCUUCGUCGCGGAGCAGUGGGACGACGAGACGGGGUGGCUAGGCUGCGGCUGCGGCUUUCUGACGCUGAGCCUUGCAUGCUGCGGUGCCGAGGUUUGCGUCCGGAGGCAAAGUCUUUCUCCGACGCGACUCGGCUCGGAGCUGCGCGAGCUGAGGCCUGGACUGGACCGACGCGCACUCGUGCGCAAAGUUGCUGGAGGCUCAAAGCAGUCUCGACGAUCUUCCUCUGCUGCCAUGAGCUAUGCGGGUCUAGACGAAAACGGUGCGACCUCCAUCCGGGCAGAAAUCAAACUUCGCAUACCGCGGAUCAACGAGGUAUCGCAUGUCCGGGAGGCGCGGAGGCUCCUGCGACAGGAGCUUGGAGGUUGCGAGGCACUGCGGGCGGAAUUGGUGAACGCUGGCUUCGUGGAGGAUGGCUCAGGAGAGCUCACGGGGGGACUGAGUCCCUUGAACGUCUUCGCUCGCGCAGCGCGAGGGCUUCUGAAGCAGCCGAACAUGGAGUGCGAGCAAGAGGCCCUGGGAGACUUCAAGAAGAAGUUCCUCGUUUGCUGCAAUCGGGCUGAGAAUGACUUGCACUGGGAUUCUGAAGAUCCGCAAUGGGUCAGACGAGCUUCCAUGUCAAGACGGCAUCGGUUUCUCACGACCAAGGACGUGCGUUGGCAGUGGUUUAACCCGCUUGUAUUCGGGAUGGUCUGCGAAAUUGGAGAAGGAUGCGAUGUUCGCGAAGCUCUUCGGGAAGCAGAGCAGAUGAAGUCUGCUGCUCUCCACUUUGCGAAGCAUUGCCCGGGCUGGCCAAGAGAUGCGAAAGAUGUCGGCCUCUAUGUGAACAUCUUCGGCCACAACAACGUCAAUUCACUGUUCAUACACAUCCUUGACCUGACUGUCACCGGACCAAGCUUCGCUGCGCAGACCUACAAGAACUGCCCCUUGGACGCUGUGAUCAAAGUACUUCGAGAAGAAGCCCAGGACUACACGAUGCCGCGAGUGGUGUCACUGGCUGGAGAGCGCAAAGCCCGUUACAGCCUCGACGCAUUGAGUGGAGGAUUUCGGGGCACUGGUGGUGCUACGAGCCUGAAGGAAGAGCUGGUGGAACGUGUUCCCGUGCUCUGCGACUCGGGAAGCUUCCGCGAAGUUCGACGUAUCUUUCGCGAGGACUGCGGUGGCUGUAAGGCUCUGAAACCUGAGCUGAUUCACGCGGGCUUCAUCGAUGCAGCCACCGGCUUGUUGACCACCGGAACGAAGCCUUUCAACCUCUUUGCAAGAAUCGCCGCUGGGGAGAUGGAGCAGCCAGGCAUGGCAGCGGAGCAAGCUGCAUUGCAAGACUUCUCGAGUUCUGUUUGCGUUUGUCGCAACAAGCCGGAGAAUGAUGCACACUGGGAUUCAGAAGCGGCGGAGUGGGUUGGUAAGGCGUCCAUGUCAGCGAGACACCGGUUUUUAACGACGAAAGACCUGCGAUGGACUUUCUUCAACGCACUGACGCUGGGCAUGAGCGACAAAGAUGGGGACACGGACCGCCCGGACCCGACAAGCUUGAUGGAGUCCAUCGAGCUCCUUGAGACGUUGAAGGCCGCCGCUUUGGCGUACGUGACGAACAUGCAGGGCUGGUCCGACAAGAUCGGGCUCUACUUCCACGUCUUUGGCCACAACUCCGUUAACUCGCUCCACUUGCAUGUCGUGGACAUGAGCUCUGUGGGGCCAACAUUUCACAAGAUGAGCUACAAGAAUUGCCCUAUCAACGCGGUGUUGAAGGUAUUGCGGGAAGAGCUCGCCACCGUCCAGGCAGCCGAGCGUCCCAAACUGCAGCCAAAGACAGCUGCCGUUGAGGAGUCUCAGCAAGCACAGGAGGCCGUCCUAGAGCUCAACGUGGCUGGCGAGGUAGUUGCCGUGUCUGUGGCAACUCUUCGUCGAUCUCCGCCGAAGUCGUUUCUCAAAGCUUUGGUCGACGGUGUGGACAAUCCCAUGCUUGUCCGUGACAGCCGCGGUCGGAUCUUCCUCGACUUUCCGCCAGAUGCCUUCAAGCGCAUUCUCAACCACCUUCGCAUGCAGCACUUGAAGCCACACUCGACUCUGUUGUGUGCAGAUGAGGAGACCCGUCGGCUAGCAAAGUCCCUUGGCUUGGCCGCACGGUGCGAGCCGAACUACUACUUGCUCUGUGCUACCCUCGGGGUCGCUGCUCUUUGUCUCGUCUUCUGCAGGAAGUGA